CUUCCCAGGUCAUCUUGCACACGCGAAAAGUGACAACAGCAACGAUCAGGCGCAACUGAUUAUAUUUAUUUGUGUUGAUAAUUAGCUGCAUUAGCUUUAAAACUGUAUAAACUUAAUGUUUAUAUUUUAGUGGCGAGUUAAAUUCACGUAAAAUGGUGUUAUACUUCACAAGUGCAGUGGUGAACCCUCACUACACAAUCUACAUGGGAAAAGACAAAUAUGAAAAUGAGGAUCUGAUAAAGUACGGAUGGCCUGAAGACAUCUGGUUCCAUGUGGACAAACUGUCCUCGGCUCACGUUUAUCUGAGACUGCCAAAGGGUCAGACCAUAGACGACAUUCCCCUUGAGGUGCUGAUAGACUGUGCACAGCUGGUGAAAAACAACAGCAUCCAAGGCUGUAAGAUGAACAACCUCAAAGUGGUUUACACACCUUGGGCCAACCUGAAGAAGACCGGAGACAUGGACAUAGGACAGAUCGGCUUCUUUCGACAGAAAGAGGUGAAGAUUGUGGCCGUGGACAAGAAGGUCAACGAGAUCGUGAACCGCCUGGAGAAAACCAAAGAUGAACGCUUCCCCGACCUGGCGGCAGAGAAAGAGUCGAGAGACCAAGAGGAGAGGAACGAGAAGAAAGCUCAGCUCCAAGACCUGAAGAAGCAAGAGAAGGAGGAACAGAAGAGGAAAAAGGAGAUGGAGGAACUCAAGAACUACACUUCACUGAUGAAGAGUGAAAAUAUGACGACCAAUGAGGAUGGUAAUGAUUCAGACGACUUCAUGUGAGAGGUGAUCUCCUGACAUUAGGCAGACAGAAGCGCCUCCAUCACUCAGCCCUGCCGUCGGGAUGCUCCUCUGCUGCUUUUGCUUGCUGUAAUUCUGCACUGACAUCGAAAGAAAAUCAAAGACGAACGGAUACCUUUUUUUGCUUCUGGACACUCGGAGCAGAACCUGAGUCAACGAGGGACAGCGCCGGGGGGGAUUUACUCCACAUGCUGAUUGGUUCAAACACUGCUUUAACUAAGCCGAACGGCCUCUUCAUCACGGGAUGGCACUGAAGAAGAAACACAGGACAACAAGAAUGCUGAGCAUAAGUUUGGGGGGGAAAAACACUCAAAGAGCAGAACUGUGUUUUCACUGAUGAUGCGUUAUGAUAAAACUAGUGGAUUCUUGUUCACUUUCUUUAUGUGUUCCUUUCUCUGCAUGUCAGAUUUUAUUCAAUACAAUGUAUUAAACUAACAGUUAUAGUUAUUCAUUGACAUGAUGUUCUUUUGAACAGCAACAUAAACCAGUCGCAGCCUCUCUCAUCCAGCUGCAGAACCAUCAUGUCCGGAGCCACUGAUGUCCUGAAAGAUUAUAAAUUCAGGGAUGCGUCUAAAAUUUACUUUCAAACAACGCUUGUCUCAAGUCUCAUGCUUAUUCUGUCCAAUUACCUGUUUAAACCCAAAUAAAUUACAGUAAGUUCACAAUACAACCGUAAAGCAGAAAUUCCAGAACCAUCACGUGUUUUGCAUUUUUGCUUGAACCAAAACUAAAGAUUAAUAGAUUAUAAAAUAGUAAAAUAAAAUGUAAUUUCCCAGACUUUAAGAGCCCUGUGAAAGUUCAUUAUUUUCCUUUUUAAAACAGUAAUUUUGCUAGAUUUUCACAAAGCUUUUGAAAACUUCUCAUGAUCAAAUAGAAGUUUAGUUAAAAGCAAGUAAGUGGACCUUGAGUAAAUGUUAUUUUUUGUCACAUGUUCAACACUGGACCUGCAGUAGAAGUUCUACUUAAGUCACCAACAGAUGAGAAAUGUAACGGCAGCAUCACUUUAGACCUGCAGAUUAAUUAUGUGUGCUGUCUGCAGGCAGGGGAAGACGCAUGCUGCACUUUUGAGCUAACCUCCUCUUCCCAGUACUUUUCUUUGUCUUUUAAAUCUAUAAAAAAAAAACUGCAGUUUUCCUGCAGGUUUUGAAAUUACAGCAUUUGUUCCCUCCUGUAGGUGGCAACAUCAACACAUCUACACCACAGACUGAGAAUGUGAAGGUCUGAAAUGCUGAUGUGGUUUCUCCCCGUUCUCUAAAGGCACAGGUGUGUUUGAUAAUGACGCAACAGUUCUCCUCGCUAUCUGCUAAAUGAGGAGACUGUUGUAAGGUUACAAACCAGUUUCAUGUGGAGCAAUGCAUGUGCAGAAAUGUAAUAAAAUGUUAAGUUGUUUAACAAAGUCGUCUUACUAACUUUUGAGUUAAUUUUUGUAACUUAGUUUGUUUACUUCAAUUGCCAAGAUGUUAUGUUUCUGCCCUCCAAUGUUUAUAAUCUGAAUUAUAGCACCAAGUUGAUUGUUUUAUGACAAUAAAUCAACAAUCCCGAAAAGGGUACCAGCAAUGGUAACCGCUAUAUCUAUAUUAAUAAGCGUAGAUGUUGUGAAUCAGUGAUUUAUAUUUUAUUACACAUCUGAUAAUUAGAUCGUAUGACUACAUGUGCUGCUAUUUGGAAUUAAAAACUACACUUUCCCCUUUAAUCUUGUCUACCUAAAACUCUCCUCCAUUGAAAUGGAAUCUUUACUAAU